AUGGCGGCCAAAAUGCCCCAAUCACCAACUACUACAUCUUCCUCGAUGGAGGCAGGACCUACAUCCGAAGUCCAGACAAACUCGACCCCGGACUCGAGCACGCGACUGCCCAGGCGAGGCUCGCGAAUCAGAGCCUCGUUCCAAAAAUCGCAUACCCGCGAUGACGAAUGGUCCCAGCCCGGCGGAGAAUCACCAUUCAGUUUCACAGGCUGGCUCCGAUCCCUGCGCUCGAAAAGAAAAGACAAAGCCGACGAGCUUGAUGCACGGAAUAGCGGCGUCGGGUCGCGGAGCGACUCUCCUCCUCGGCUUCCCGAGCUGGGUCUCGACGGAGCGAGGCUGGAGCUGUUAGCCGAGGAAACGGGAUUUUCGGGACAGCGAUGA